ACCGGUAGACCCCUUCUUUUUCAAAAUACGGUUCAUUCACGGCUGGCCUCGUUCUCGGUAACACAACCAUGGAGAGGGAGAGGGUUGCCCGUGGGAACUUUCUGGUAAUAUGGGUUCUUCUCAUCGGCCUACUGAUUUGGCCGGCUGGGGGAAGCAGGAAGCUUGAGGAGACGUGUGGAGGCAGCGAGUGCCCCAGUGGGAUGAAAUGCUGCAGCAGCGUUUGCAAGGAAUGCUGUGGAAAUGCGCAUUACAAACUGGGAAAGUCUGCUGUGACGGACAGUGUGAAGAUGGAGAAUGCUGUCCUGGAAGACCAAACUGCUGCAACGGCGCGACAUGCACUGCUGGCACCAAAUGUUGCGAUAAAGUGUGCAAGGGUUGUUGCAGUAAUGAAGACUGCAAAACUGGGGAGUUGUGCUGCGAAGGGCAAUGUGAAAGUCGACAAUGCUGCCCCAGAGACCUGUAUUGCUGCAACGGACAGCCAUGUCCCGCUGGCACUCACUGCUGCGAUGGAGAGUGCAAGGCUUGCUGCAGUAACGGGGACUGUGAAACUACGGAGGUCUGCUGCAAAGGACAAUGCCAAAGUGGCGAAUGCUGCCGCACCGACUGCUGCAAUGGAGAGUGCAGUGCUUGCUGCAGUAAUGGGGACUGUGGAGCUGGGAAGGUCUGCUGUGACGGAAAAUGCGAAAGCGGUGAAUGCUGCCCUGGGAACCCGGAUUGCUGCAACGGGACAAAAUGUGCUGAAGGCGCCAAAUGCUGCAAUGGAGAGUGCAAGGCUUGCUGCAGUAACGGGGACUGUGGAACGACGGAGGUCUGCUGUGACGGAAAAUGCCAAAGCGGUGGAUGCUGCCCUGGGACGCUGGGUUGCUGCAAUGGGAAGACAUGUCCUGCGGGCUCCCAAUGUUGCAAUGGAGAGUGCAAGGCUUGCUGCCGUAACGCGGAUUGCAAAUCUGGGUACGUCUGCUGCGGGGGACAAUGCCAAAGUGGUGACUGCUGUCCUGGGACCCUCGGCUGCUGCAACGGACAGUGUCAAAUUGGUGAAUGCUGCCCUGGGACCCCGGAUUGCUGCAACGGAAAGGUGUGCGUGGUUUGCGGCAGUCACAAUGACUGCGGGCCUGGAAUGGUCUGCUGCAAUGGAGUGUGCAAGUAUUGCUGCAGUAACGGGGACUGUGGAGCUGGGUAUGUCUGCUGUGGCGGUCGUUGCCAAGGACUUAGUGGUGAUUCUGGUGAAUGCUGCAAUGAACAGGUAUGCCCUGCAGGCACCUACUGCUGCAAUGGAGUGUGUGCGAAUUGCUGUAGUGACAUGCACUGCGACCCUGGGAUGGUGUGCUGCAAAGAAGAAGGAUGCGUAUAUGCAGGAUGCUGCCCUAGUGACCCGAAUUGCUGCAACGGAAAACCAUGUCCCGCCGGCGAACAAUGCUGUAGCGUAGAGUGCAAAAGUGGUGGCUGCUGCCCUGAGGACCCCGGUUGCUGCAACGGAGUGACAUGUGAUAGGAGGACCAAUUGCUGCAAUGGAG